GCCGCCGGGAAGGCAAGCCUGCCGAGCCCCACUCUGCUCCUUGCUUGUCUUCUCUCCGCUCCUUUUCUUUCUCAUAAAAGCUCAAAGCUCCUCUCUUUGAUUCAUUGAAUUUUUUUUUUUGCCCUUUUUUUCUACCAUAAAAAACCGAUUCUUAUUCACCUCUCGAUUGCGUAAGUUAAGGCCCUCUUAAUUUCCUUUGAUUCAAUUAAAAAUCUUGGAGACCCGACAGAGUUGGAAAAGGCAAUGGAGUGUGCAUGAGACCAGACGCUUUGUGAUUCUGAAUUCUUGAUUGUUCGGUCGGUCCCAACCUUUUGUUACCGAUUCAAAACCAGGAACAAGGUUGUCCCUUUAAGCAUUCUCGGCCCUUUUUAUCCUUUUAUGGGUGGUGGGUGUGGCUGCUAUCUUGUUGUUUCGAUGUUCUUGGAUUGAAACUGCCAAAUAAACUAGAAACAGAAUAACAGAUUUUGUGGGCAAACUGGGAUAUGGAAGAAGGAGACGAUAUGAGAAGCAAGUUCAAGAGGGUCUGUGUCUUCUGCGGAAGCCAGUCGGGGAACCGGAAAGUCUUCAGUGAUGCUGCUCUCGAACUGGGCGAUGAACUGGUGAAGCGGAAGAUCGAUUUGGUUUAUGGCGGAGGAAGUGUGGGCUUGAUGGGCUUGAUAUCCCAGAAAGUGUACGAUGGAGGGUGCCAUGUUUUGGGGGUCAUUCCGAAAGCCCUCAUGCCUCUUGAGAUAUCUGGUGAGACUGUUGGAGAAGUGCAGAUUGUCUUAAAUAUGCACGAGAGAAAAGCAGUAAUGGCUCGAGAAGCCGAUGCCUUCAUCGCUCUCCCUGGAGGAUACGGAACCAUGGAAGAGCUGAUGGAAAUGAUAACAUGGUCCCAGCUCGGUAUUCAUAAGAAACCGGUUGGUCUGCUGAAUGUGGAUGGCUACUACAACAGUUUACUUGGUCUGUUUGACGACGGCGUUAAAGAAGGUUUCAUCAAGCCCAGUGCCCGGGAAAUAGUUCUCUCUGCGCCAACGGCUCAAGAACUCUUGGAGAAGAUGGAGAAUUACACCCCAUUGCACAAACAUGUUGCUCCUCAUGAGAGUUGGAAAGUGGAGAAACUCGGAGACUAUUCGAGGAAAUAAGAAGUGGGACGCCAAGAUUUACAGCUAAGGUAGGCAUGUUUUUUUAGAACAGUGGUGCCUCAAUUACUGGAAUUGUGCA